AGUACAAAAAUUUUCUGUUAAAUGAUGAAAAAAAGAAAAAUAAUUCAGCUUGUUGUUCAACAAAAUUGACAUUUUCUGACACAAAGUGUUCAAGCACUUUCAAAAUUGUUCCAACUGAAAUAAUUUUUCGUCAAUGUACUCCAGGAAAUAUUUAUAACACACCAUUGACUAUAACGAAUAUAGAUAAAAUCUCGCAUGUAUUCCGUUUGACCUAUGACAAAAAUUCACCGUUUGAUGUAAAUGCUAAAAAAAUGUUGAUCAACCAGAAAUUAGCCCCGGGAAUGUCUCUAAAUUACAAUAUAAAAUUCAUACCUGAAGAAAAAAAAGAUUAUUAUCAUCAACUUGAUGUUGUGACUGAUUGUCAAACUUUUUCAGUUCCUCUUAUUGCAAUAGGACCACGAGCUCUUCUUGACUUUCCUGAUCAAAUAUGGAUGCCUGAGACGGCUGUAAAAAUUCCGUCGUCAAAAAUAUUUUUAAUUCAAAAUAUUGGAAAUAAAAAUACAGAGUUUACAUCGUUUUCUGAAAGCGAGUAUUUUUCAAUUGAACCAGAGAGUGGAAUGAUUAUGGAAAAAGAAGCUGUUCAAUUCAGUGUCAAUUUUAUAACUUCAAAUUCUGGAAACUUUUAUGGAAUUAUUUAUCUUCAAUAUGAUACAGGUGUAUGAAAUGCUUAUAAUUAUUAAUUAUUAAUUUUUCGAGAUUAUUACUAAGGUAAUGGUUCUUUAUUCUU